AUGAAAGGUAUAGCGUUUCGCCUUUUCGUUUUUGUUCUUUUCUUUUAUAUUACCAAUUAUAAUGUGAUAUAUGGUCAAAUGUGCACAUCGGAUAUAUGCCAAAAGUGCUGUCAUCCUACGAACGAUGGGUGUGAAAAUAAUUUUUAUAAAACUAUCAGAGGAAAUUAUUAUACUGAUAGAACAUAUUGCCAACAGUGUGAUUGUAAAAAUCCCGAAACAGGAUGUGGAUGGAUAGCUCAAAAAUAUGAAAAAGUAAAUUGUACCAGCUGUUCGUUUCUCAAACAUGCUUCAAUUAAAGUAAAAUAUUUUGAUACCUGUGGUUGUGGCCAUAAACUAAAAAAUGGAACUUUAAGAAUUAACAUUUAA